AUGUCGCAAACAUUAGGACCAAGUACAAGCUUACUCCACCUCCAACAGCAAAUCAGCCUCAAAACUUCGGAAUUGCGUACCCUACAGCGCGAAUACGGUACUCUGCUCCAGAGCCUCGAAAGACAAAAGACGACGUGCGCCACGCUCGAAAGAAAGCUCGAAAUCAACGACGGAGAGGUCAGCAUUCUCAUGGAUGAGAAGGAUAGGCUGUCAGUACAAGUUUCGACAAUGGAAGGUCAAAUGGAAGAGCUACAGCAGAGUAGGGAUGAGGCUCGGCAGCAGCUCAUCGCUAAUGGAGCACAAUACAUGCAAAUCAUGGACAUGGCCAACCGGCUCCAGGCACAAAGCACUGAAGAAAAGAGGGCAUGGGAAGCUGAGAAAGCCGGGCUCGAGCAACGUAUACGUUUACUGGAAGAAGCUAUGGUAUCUGGAACUGAGACGUCGGUGUCAAUAUCAGACACGGAACAACAACCUGGCAUCACUCCAGAUCCAUCGCCCGUCGACUUUACGCACAGUACUAGCAGUUCGGUUUCCUCCCAGAGAGAGACUAUCAUCGUCCUCCGUGCUGAGAUCAGUCGUCUUCGCGCGAGGACCCAGACACUUGAAGCGGCGGUGCAAACUAUGCGGCGCGAAAGUCUCUCUAUCCAGGAAGCAGCAAGGCAGAUACUCGAGUCCAGUGGGAAGAUGGACGAGACUUCAAUCGGAGUAGAAGGUGGUCAAAGAUGA